AUGGAUGAGUCGGAACGCUGGAAUUCGAGUGUGGAUUAUGUUUACGGAGGUCUGAAAGGCAUUCACAUCCUAAUUGCCAUUUCCGAAUCCGUCUAUGUGAUUGAUUGUUGGCUUGAAAAUCCAGAAGACAGGAUUCACCAAGGUAUACCCACGCAUAUUAUUUAUUUAUUAACUUUACAAUCAUACCAAAAAUAUAACAAUGAUUGAAGGUAAAUUAUAAAUAGUUGGUUCCAUAUGUGUAUGUCUUGGGAGUAGUGUUCGGGGGAAAGGGAAGAACAAAGAGCAAUAGAUGCGGAAAAAGAAGGGGUUAUAGAGGGGGUACGGAUAGGGGGGAUGGAAAUGCUGGAAGAAAUGCGAAUAGAGGCUGAAAUGCUGGAAGCCUUACAGGGUCAGGUCGACUAGAUGUCGCCAAGUAGGUACCUGGCAAGGUUUACAAAAUUAAAAUACACAAUUGUAGGCGUUUUGGUCCGAAAAGCUGUGUUUCAGCCCUAAAAAGGGUGUUUUGGGGUGUUUUUAGCCAUUAAAACGGUGUUUAUUAGGUGUUUUUAGCCGUUAAAACGAUGUUUUCAUGGUGUUGGACGCGUUAAGGUCACCAGGUAGGUACCUGGCAAGGCUUCACUGUAUAAUUUUAUUGUCAGAAGCACACUAAAAUUUUAAUCCCACCAUAACUAAAUUAACACCUAUGAGAGUAUUUUUUUCCGUAUAAAGGGUCCGUAAUCUCCCGGAUCAGUCAUGAUUGCUACUUUCAAACCCUUUGGGUUUGGAAAAAAACAGAAUCAACUUUAGGAGGUAAAACUUUUGUAUAUACAAUAAAGGGUACUAACACUAGGUCCGGAAGUUCGGAAACUUGGAUUUAGAGUUGCCAUUGUUUUUCCAAACCUUAAGGGUCUGGAAAGCAGAAUCAACUUUAGGAGGUAACCAUAUCCAAGAAAAAGUUAUUCCCUAUAAUAAAAUAAUGGCAAAUCUAAGCCAUCAACAUUCGAACUGUUUGUCCGAACGUACUUAUCGAAGGUAUGGAGAACGACGCCUUAGAGCGGGCAAAAAAGGAUACGGGGAAGCGACGACGGAAAGCAAGAACGGAAUACAGGAAGACGCAGAGGUUCAUUUAGAAAGAGGACCUCAGGAGACUGAUUAAAAUUAACAAGAAUUUCGACAAAAUUCUCAAGCAGGAGAAAAAGACAGCGACCCAAAGAUGGAAAAUUCUCAAGCAGGAGAAAAAGACAGCGAACAAAAGAUGGAAAAAGGAGAUCAAAAGCACCGCGGAUCAGUUCUGCAAACGCAGAAAGCAGAUUGAGAUCGACGCACGGAAGGCAACAAGGGAGGCAAGGAAAUGGGGACGAGAAAUCAAAAAGGAGGAAAGAGAACGACGGAAAGAGGUUUCCGACUGGAAGGUCGAAGCCCAGAAGUGGAAGAAGGAAUCGCAAAUGUUGAGGAGGAACGAGAAAGAACGGAAGAGACGCGCCGAGCAGAACCGCAGGAUUAGACAGGGUAAGUGGAAAAGUAAGAAGAAGUUUGGUCAGCUUCAGCUAAAACUGUAG